AGAGAGGGGAGGUUGUCCCCUGCUAAGAACCAUUGGUUUAAGGUUAAUCUGACUCUGCUUUCAUAGACUACUGAGUUACCCAGGCUGGAGUGCAGUGAUGAGUGAUCGUAGCUCACUGCAGCCUUAAACUCUUGGGGGUUUACGUGAUCCUCCCACCUUAGCCUCCCAAAGUGCUGAGAUUACCGGUGUGAACCACCACACCCAGCCCAAUUUGUUUUUAAAAUGUUCUCAAGAAUAUACUUAAGUUGCUAAAUAAGAUACUAAAAUAAUCCCAUACUAUAUUUCUUGACAGAAAAACUAGUAAAAAAUAUAUAUAUGAUAAAAAUUUCCUUUAUGAACCAGAAUAUGUUUUGUUUUCCUAAUGAGUGUGAAGUAUUUUGGAAAAAUGGUAAAGAAGUGCAGAGUCAAGUCAUAGUGACUAAUAAUGGAUUCUUUUCUUAAAUUGUAUGCCUGUGUUAAUUCUCACAGUCUUUUUGUUUGGGUCUGUGACAGAUCUUACAAAAGAUCUUUUAGACCCAUGAUUCUUACCAAAAUGAAAGAAUUAAGUCGGAACCAAUCACCCACAAUGUCUCAUCUAAGAAAGGACUCACAGACCAGCAGCCCAACAGAUGACGCAAUGGACAGGAGUGGGCUCCCUGACCUUCAAGGAAGUUUUGAGCUAUCCGGGAAGAGCAGACAGUAUCCACUGGAUGCAUUGGAACCCCAACCCAGCAUUGGGGAUGUUAAGGACAUUAAAAAAGCAGCCAAGUCUAUGCUAGACCCGGCACAUAAAUCUCAUUUCCACCCCGUGACCCCCAGUUUAGUAUUCUUGUGUUUUAUAUUUGAUGGGUUACACGAGACAUUACUGAGUGUUGGUGUGAGCAAGAGGUCUAAUAUUGUGGUUGAGAACAAGAACAAGGAAAUGGAUACUCCUUGUACUAGCGGAUUCAAAGAUAUGCCUAACUUUAUUGCCCUUGAGAAGUCAUCAGUUCUCCGCCACUGCUGUGACCUUUUGAUAGGUGUUGCCGCUGGAUCAAGUGAUAAGAUUUGCGCCAGCAGUCUCCAAGUUCAGAGACGAUUCAAGGCAAUGAUGGCAUCUAUUGGAAGACUUUCACAUGGUGAGAGUGCUGAUCUGCUAAUGAGCUACAAUGCAGAAUCAGCCAUAGACUGGAUCAGCUCAAGACCGUGGGUCGGAGAAUGAAUGUUCACAUUUCUUUUUGGAGAGUUUGAAUCCCCUCUGCGCAAGCCGCAAGUCAAGUUAGUUGCCAAGAAAGCACAGAUGACAACCUAUUAUGCUGUGAGAAUGUUUCUAGAUCAGUGCAUGGAUGGCUCCAUUGCUCUACCUGCCAUUGUGUCUGAGAUCCCAGUCUUUGAGGAGAAAAAAACAAUGGUUAAAAAGACAUUGGGGAAAUAUUUUGAGUUUGGGGGUGUACUUUGCCACCCCGUUAUUAGGCAGCUAUCUCCACAAAUGUUUCCAAACUUAGCAGCAACGGCAAACUGCUGGCCCAAGAGGAGCAACCCCACAUUUUCGGGAUUUAAAGCUCCUGAUGUCAUACCAGGAUCAACCAUCACACUCUCUUUGCUUCAAAUGGCAUCUACCCCAUAAGAUCUUGAGCGGGGAGCGUUGGGUGGAAUCAUGGAUCCUUGCACUCUUAACAUGAACUAAUUCUCGUUAUUUAAAA